ACCCUGGAAAGAUCCGGAACCGAUCAACACCGGUCCGGGAACUCAUAUUUCUCCGAAAAACCUCUUGGAUUGGAAAAUCAGUCCUAUCCACUCUUUCCCCUUUUUCCAUUGAAUUUAGACUGCAACCUGUCUAUUUGCAGGCCAUUGAUCCGAGGGACCACCAGUUCAAUGGUCAUGAUCACUCAACUAUUAUAUUGACUCAAGAUGGAAGAUACGCAUGUCCUCGGGUCUAAGAUCGUUCGAAUCCUCUAUAAAGAGAGGAUGAGUGUAGAAUGUGGCUCAGAAAACUAUAGGGAUUACAGAAAGAUGGGAUGCAUUCCAGAGGUUGGCCUGAGCUCAGGCAAGCGAUCCAUGCCAGUCAUCGGCAUGGGGACCGCAGUGUACCCGUUCACCAGAUCAGAAACCAUGAAAUUGGCAAUCCUCCAUGCGAUCCAGAUCGGCUACAAGCACUUCGACACGGCUGCUGUCUACGAUUCCGAGCAGCCACUCGGCGAAGCCAUUGCAGAAGCUCUUCAGCUUGGGCUCAUCAAUUCGCGAGAAGAGCUCUUUAUCACGUCUAAACUGUGGUGCAAUGACGCCUAUGGUGACUGCGUCCGGCCGGCCCUCGAGAAGACACUCAAGAAUCUGGGGUUAGAGUAUCUUGAUCUCUAUCUCAUUCACUGGCCUGUGAGCAUGAAGCCAGGGGAAUAUAAAUUUCCCUCGGACAAGGGAGACAUUGUCCCUAUGGAUUUCAAGUCUACAUGGGCAGCAAUGGAGGAGUGCCAGAGGGUGGGCCUUACCAGGUCCAUUGGGGUCAGCAACUUCUCCUGUAAGAAGCUAACCCAAUUGUUGUCUACUGCAGAUAUUCCUCCCGCCGUAAAUCAGGUGGAGAUGCACCCACUUUGGCAACAGAAGAAGCUGAGGGAGUUUUGUGCUGCGAAAGGAAUACAUGUUAGUGCGUACUCUCCGUUGGGUGGGAAAGGGACCCCUUGGGGAACAGGUCAGGUCAUGGACUGUACAGUACUGAAAGAUAUUGCUCAGGCCAGAGGAAAGACUGUUGCUCAGGUUUCCUUGAGGUGGGUAUAUGAGCAAGGUGUGAGCAUGCUAGUUAAGAGCUUCAACAAGGAGAGGUUGAAUGAGAACCUUCAAAUCUUGGAUUGGUCACUGAGCAAGGAAGAGCUGCAUCUGAUUGGUCAGAUUCCACAGCGAAGAGGAUAUCCAGCCAUGGAGUUUGUCUCGGAUGGUGGCCCAUACAAAACUGUGGAAGAGUUUUGGGAUGAUGAGAUAUGAUGAGGAAUGCGGCCAAUUGCACUCACGUG